AUUAAAACAUCUGUUCGCCAUUAAUCAUCUUUUCCGGCAAUUAGAAUAGCUUGAGUGCGUUAUGCGCGCGACUCAGCCAAUCGUUUGAACAGAACUUACGAUAACUACACAAUUUAGUCGUUAAGAGCUUUAAACGAUCUGAAAGCUGCAUUGAAACAAUUAAAAACAUGUAUAAAGGCUCCUAUUAUAAACAUUAUUUUGUGUUACGAAAAUACUGCGCCGACGUGCUCGAUAGUCGUGAGUCGUGGGACGUGGCACAAGUCAAUGAAAGGAAAAGUGCGAACAAUGUGGAAAUUGAAAUAGGCAUUUCUCUUAAGAAAUUGAGGAACUGGUUUCAGCUGGUUCCCAAGUAGGAGAGUAAAUCAACACAAUCCCAUUAUUUUCAAAACUGGUUGGCAAUAUAUAUAAAUUGAGAAAUUUCUAUAACGCGACUCCAAUUAUCAAAAACAAAAUAAAUGUUUUAAAAUUUUGAGUGGAUCCAUUUGCCUCGACAAAGAGUAGAAGAAAUUUUCCAUUGUCUUUGCAACCUAGCUGCACCUUCCUUUCAUCGAAUGGCGAUAGUGCCAGCACGAACGCCUAAACUAUGUUUAAAUAUCGAAAAUAUUCCAUUACAAUGCAACAAGACUAUCAAAUAUGGAUGAAUCAAGUAAACUGGAAAAUUAACCCACGCCAUUAAUAAAUGAUGAAAAUUCAACAUCGUCUUUCACGUAGCAGGAAACGUUGCGACACUUUGUAACCGAUAUGUUACAAAUCUUAUUGCCAUUUCCCCAUUCAUUAUUGGUUUUUAAUUUUCACCAUGAGAUCUCUAUGCAACAAUUAUGCUAAUUGAAUAAUGUAAAACUACAUAAAAUAUCUGAAACCUUUUAAUUGUUUUUCCUUUUCUCGACCGAGGAAAUAUUAACGCAUUACGAUAAGAAGUCGGUUUUUUACCAAUCUCGUAUCAAAUAACUUUUUUUUAAGACAACGAGAAUACGGAUGAUAAUCGUUAAAAAAAAGGAAAAGUACGAUAAGCCAAGUUAUAGAUGAAAUGAAAAGCAAUUUUUAAAUAAAAAAGAAACAGAUAGAAAGCAAGAUGGCCGGAAGGUCUCGAUUCUCGACAUAUAUGCCACGUUCCUCUUUCAUUCAAUCAAACUCCUGAAAUCAUCCAAUUGGCCAAGUCGACACCCAUACAUAAGAUUAUAAGUAAAAAUUAUCAACCAGCUGCACUUUCCACUCAAGACGUUACAAAAGCAUGACAUGGCUUCUCGUUUGGGCGACAUACCGCUUGCAAAUAAUUCAGCCGAUGAUGUGGAUGUUUUCAUUGAAGACCCAAAUUUGUUGAAACAUGCACUGAAACGCAACGCGUGGAUAAGGAAAAUCUUGAUCACCACGACUGUGAUUUUUGAUCACUUCGGUCGUGUUGCUUGUUUGUUUCAUUGCAACGAAGCGAAGCGAAAAGGACGCGAACGACCAAACUGUAUGCUACACACCAAAAUGUGUGGGAGAUUCAGCAGAGGUGAUGUCCGCAAUGAACUUCUCUGCCGAUCCCUGUGAUGAUUUUUACAACUAUGCGUGCGGGAGCUGGGAACGAGACAACGAGAUUCCAGAUGCAGAAUCGUCGUGGGGACAGUUUGAUAUUCUCAGCUUAGCGAAUGAUAAUGUCUUGAAAAAACUAAUACAGGAUCCAAAUACAAAAGCGAAGUAUGGAGAUAUCAACGCCGUACAGAAGGCCUAUUUAUUCUAUGAAACCUGCAUGAAUCGCACGCGGAUAAACAAUCAGGGAGCAAAACCACUGAAAGAACUGAUAUCAUCAUACUAUUCGUGGAACGUGACCGGAAACGAAUCGUGGAGUGAAGCAUCAUGGGAUUUCCUUACAGCCAUGGUGGACAUGCAGCAAAAUUUAUCCGUUUCACCGUUUUUCAGCAUGUCUAUAGGUGCAGACUAUUUCAAUUCGACAGUGAACGUUAUCAAGCUCGAUCAAUCAGGAUUGGGUAUGACAAAAGAAAACUACUUGCUCAACACUGCAGAUCACAAGAAGAUUCGAAAAGCAUAUCAGAUGUUUAUGAAGAAAACUGUGACUUUAUUGGGAGCAAAUGAAGAUGACGCUCACCGUCAAAUGAUGGAUGUCUAUGAAUUAGAAAAAAAGAUAGCGGAGAUUUACGUUCCUGUUUCAGAAAGACGAAACAUUGAAAAAUAUUACAAAAAACUAAAAGUGAAAGAACUGAUCGAUUUCACGGGAGAUCAAAUCAACUGGUUGGAGUUUUUACAAAGAAUUUUUAACAGAAUUGGAUACAGCUUAACGAACGAAAGUAUGGUGGUAGUUUUGGCUAAGGACUAUCUGAAAAAUGUCACCCAAAUUAUUAAGGAGCACAGUAAAAGUGUUGUCGCCAACUACAUGAUGUGGAGAGUUGUGCACUUGUACAUGCCUGCAUUGUCUGACGACUUCAAAGUGAUAUAUCAGGAUUACAAAAAGGAACGGAGCGGUACAAUUGAAGAAGAACCACAAUGGAGGCAAUGUCUGUCAAGUACAGCCGGGUCGUUUGGAAUGGCACUCGGUCUCUUGUAUGUUGAUAAAAAAUUUGGUGGUGAAAGCAAAGCUAAGAUUAAAGAACUCGUCAGUGAGAUACGAAAUGUCUUCAUUAAUAAUUUGAAGAGUGUAGAAUGGAUGGACCAACAAACGAGAGAAAAAGCUGAAGAAAAGGCAAAAGUAAUCUUGGAAAACGUUGGUUAUCCUGAUUAUCUGAGAAGUAAAAAAGAUUUAGAUGAGAAAUAUGAUGGGUUCCAGCCAAACAAUGAUUUCUUUGGCAAUAUUUUGAAGAACUCCGCGUUUGUACAAAAAAAGACUUACGAAAAGAUAAAACAGCCCAUCGACUAUAAAGAAUGGUUGAUGAACCCGCAAACUGUCAAUGCAUACUACACAUCGACAAAAAACAAAAUAGUUUUCCCCGCUGGUAUUCUUCAAGCUCCAUUUUACAAUAAAGAUCGACCAAGGGCAUUGAAUUAUGGCUCAAUUGGUGCCGUCGUCGGACAUGAGAUAACGCAUGGAUUCGAUGAUAAUGGACGGCGUUUCAAUAAGUUUGGUAAUCUUGUAAAAUGGUGGAGCAAUAGUUCCAUUUCAAAAUUCAAACACAAAACAGAAUGCCUCGUCAAACAGUACUCAAAAUAUAAAUUCUUUGGAGAAAAUAUAAAAGGAAAGCAAACGCUAGGUGAAAAUAUAGCUGACAAUGGCGGGCUGAAGCAGGCGUUUCAGGCUUAUCAAUUGCACAAAAACAAACUGCCAGUGCUACCAGGAAUAAAUGUAACCAACGAUCAAUUGUUUUUCAUUGGAUAUGGACAGGUCUGGUGCGGAAAAUUUCGACGACAAACAGCAAUACUCCAAGUUGAAAACGGCGUUCAUACCCCAGGCAAAUACAGAGUUAUAGGUACGUUAUCAAAUUCCCACUACUUUGCCAAAGCGUUCAAUUGUCCUGAAGGAAGUAAAAUGAAUCCAAAAAACAAAUGUGCUGUCUGGUAGGAAGAAAAAGAUUUCACAGAAAAGAAUGUUCGCCUACGCCAUGCCAACAUUAAAGAACUAGUAGCUACUAUAGAUUACACUGCAUGUAUUUGGCAAUACCACAUAUUAUACCACACGCACAAAUUUACAGUAAAUUUCUGUAACAAUUUUCUGCACUGAAUAGAAAGAAAAGAGGACACAGCAAAUGCGGUUUUUUAAGUUUGACUGGUAGGAGUAUGAAACUAAAUACAUGAAGUGCCAAAAGCAAUAUUUCUUUAAUAUUCGAGCCUUUUGCAUUUUAAAAAGAAAACGCUUUCUUUUCACUUUUUGCUAGUAGAAAAUCCAAAAUCAUAGAAGCGUAAUUCCAAUUUUGAAGCAUUGUUUAAACAUAGUAUAGCAACAUUCCAGAGUCAAAAGGAAACAGCCGUGUUAUGUACAAUAAAAUAUGACUAAAGUCAAUUAUGUGGAUUUGAUAAAUCUAACAAUAUUAUUUGAUGUAGUGCAACAGAAAAUAUGACCGUUCCUUGUAUUGUAUAUAUAUGAUUCACGCCUUAGAGCAAAUGAUGUAAUUUAAAAUUUUAUUAUAACUUAAGUAAAAACAUGUAUAUCAAGA